AUGGGCGGAGGCGGCCCGCGGCGGCUCGGUGCGCUGCCGCUGCUGGCGCUGGCGCUUUUGGCGGCACAGGGCAGCGCGGCCCCGCUGCAGCCGGGCAGCUCCCCCACCAUCUCCAAGAUCUACCCCCGCGGCAGCCACUGGGCUGUGGGACAUUUAAUGGGGAAAAAGAGCACGGGAGAUUUUCCUUAUGUUUACGAGGAAGACAACCAGCCCCCGUUUUCAGCAUUACCUGAGAAUAUCAAGCAGCUGGAAGACUAUAUGCAGUGGGAAGAAAUCUCAAAAUACUUGCUGCGGCUGCUGGAAGGGAAUGAAAACAAAAGCGCUCACUUUUUAAAAAGGGGGCUUCCCUGGUAUGCCAGGAAGAGCUGGGAGAGAGAUGACACCAGCAGCUGGAAAGAGAUGAUGGAUUAUCUGUUUCAAGUUGUGAAUACGAAAGAGAGUGCUCCGAGCUGA